CCGUCUGGCACACGUAAUGCAUAGUUGGUAUCGUCUGAAGAUAUACAUUGGGCAUGGGCAUGCUUCGAUGGGAUCCGAUGGGCGAUGCUGAAAUUUCCUCUUGACUACUUGUCCGACUCGAAGGAUACCAGAACAGCAUCCAUCGCGCUCCAGAUACUCCUGGCCUGGCCGCAGAAGCCCAGAAAGUGCAAGGGGCUGCCGGCUAUCCUCCUGGGUUUAGGAGGACUUGGAGUGCCAGGAACAUCGAGUGUCAACCGGUGGGGCAAUUAUGUCACGGACAUCGUCGAUCCCGACUAUAACGUCCUGGGCUUCGACCAGCGUGGAACCGGGCCAGCACGCCGUCGGCGCAGCGCUUCGCAAGUACUACUCGGGUUACGAGCAGACAAAGACUGAUCAGCCUCGCCGACGGUUCCGUAGCGGAAGCCUGAGAACGGGAUCAGCUUGUCGCGCAACAGUAUAUGAAUAACUACAUCAUGAG